GAGUCACCUGUGCGCGCAAAGGGCGACCCAGGAAGCCGCGCGAGGCCCCGAGAGAGGCAGAGAGCGAGCCUGCCCGCCCGCGACCCAGUUCAAGCAGGCGAGAGAAAGAGACGAAGAAAAAAAAAAGAGACCCCCGAAAGAAAGAAAGAACUAGAGAGAGAGAGAAAGAGAAAGAAAGAAGAAAGAAAGGGAAAGAAAGAAAGAAAGAAGGAAAGAAAGAGAGAGAGAAAGAAGAAAGAAAGAAAGAAAGAAAGAAAGAAAGAAAGAAAGAAAGAAAGAAAGAAAGAAAGAAAGAAAGAAAGAAAGAAAGAAAAAGCAAAGCUCCUUUUCGGAGUCCCAGCGCGAGCACCGGAUGUGUUUGGAUCAACGCCCGUCUGGUUUUCUCCCCUUUCCUGUGUAGAGAGCAAACUCCAGUUGCGUCUGGAAGCCGAACAAAGUUGGGGGCAAACUCGGCGCCGGUCGUCGGGAGUCGAUUUUUAUUUUCCCCCUUUUCUUUUUCGGUUGGAUUCCCGUCCCGCAUCGUUCGCCCCCCUCGCCUCCCCUCCCGUCGCCCUCCUCGGGAGGAGGGAGAAAGCGAUUGACCGGUACAUGAAGGCUCCCUAAAAGUCAAGGCAGGAUGAACAUUUAUCGCCCACCUUCGGGGGCCAAAACGAAGGUCUCGCAGGCGGGCCUGAAAUACAGCAGCAAGACGGAGGACAUGAAGGGCCUUGAGGAAGGGGUGGAAUUCCUCCCCACCAUGAACUCCAAGAAGCUUGAGAAGCGUGGUCCAAAACGUUGGGUGGUGGUGGUCAUCAUAGUAUCCACCUGCCUGCUCCUUUCUCUGCUGGUUGGGCUGCUGGUUUGGCACUUCAAAUACAGGGCCGUCCUUGAGCACAAGUCAUACAACGGCCGCAUGAGAUUGAUAGGCACUCAGUUCAUCGAUGCUUAUGAGAGAUCCAGUUCUCCUGAAUUCGCCAAAAUGGCGAAGACUGCAAAGAAGAUGCUCUUGGACAUCUAUGCAAAUAAUUCGGACGUUGGUCCUUUCCACAAAGAGUCAAAAAUACAAGCAUUCAGUGAAGGCAGUGUUAUUGCUUACUUCUUGUCCACGUUCAGUGUGCCUCAUUACAAGAUCGAUACUCUUGAUAACGCCAUGGCAAAUUUCCAGAUUUUAAAACUAGAGGGGAUGGGAAAAGCGCGCAAGCCGCAACUUCGAAUUGAGUCUCUUGUUGCUUUUCCUACUGAUGAGGAUAUCAUUAAAGCAGCCCGAGUCAACAGCUGCAAAUAUGCGUUGCAUGCCAAAGAAGGGAAAGUGACCAGCUUUACCACGCCAGGAUUCCCAAACAGCCCUUACCCAUCCAACAUGCGCUGCAUCUGGGCACUGAGAGCCGAUGCCAACGCGGUCAUUAGCCUGACCUUCACUACAUUUGACGUUGAGUCUUGCAACCAAGGAGAGGACUUUGUCAAGGUGUAUAACACCUUGAGCCCAGUGGAAGAACGCGCGUUGGUGAAGUUAUGUGGGAGCUUUGAUUUUUCAUACAACCUAACUUUCAUCUCCUCUCAAAACGUCCUCCUGGUGAUGCUAAGUACAGAUGCAAACGGAAGAUAUCCUGGGUUCAAAGCAGAAUUCUUCCAGAUGCCAAAGAUGACAUCUUGCGGUGGAGUUUUGAAGGGUAUCUCAGGAAACUUCACCACUCCUUAUUAUCCAGCCCACUACCCUCCAGAUUUGGAUUGUGUAUGGAAUAUAGAGGUGCCUAAUAACAAAAAUGUGAAGAUACGCUUCAAUGAAUUCUACCUUGAGGAUCCUGGUGACUCAUCCAACUCCUGCCCCAAAGAUUAUGUGGAAAUCAACGGUGUCAGGUAUUGUCAGCCCAGCAAGGGAUUUGUGGUAAUGAGUAAAACCAACAAAAUUACAGUUCGUUUCCACUCAGAUGAGUCACACGUGGACAGUGGCUUUUCGGCAGAGUAUUUGUCCUUUGACUCCAAUGACCCUUGCCCAGGGCAAUUCACCUGCAAAAGUGGCCGUUGUGUCAGCAAUGAAAGGCGUUGUGAUGGGUGGUUUGACUGCCCAGAUGCCAGUGAUGAGAAAAACUGCACUUGCACUGCGAAACAAUUCCGAUGCCAUAAUAAGUGGUGCAAGCCAAAGUACUGGGUUUGUGACACGGUGAAUGACUGUGGGGACAACAGCGAUGAACUGCAGUGCGAAUGUCCUCCUGAGAGCUUCAAGUGCAGUAACGGUGAUUGCAUCCCAGCACAGAAGAAAUGCGACGGAAAAGCUGACUGCAAAGAUGGCAGCGACGAGGGAAAGUGCAGCUCCGGUAAAGGCUUGGCCAACGUUUCCUGUCAAGCAUAUACGUACAAAUGCCGCAACAAUCAGUGUGUGAGCAAAAGGAAUCCAGAAUGUGAUGGGACGACAGACUGCAGUGACAAAUCAGAUGAAGAUAAUUGCAACUGUGGUCUCCGUGCGUAUAGCAAACAGUCCCGGAUUGUAGGUGGAGAGGAUUCGGAUUUGGGCGAAUGGCCCUGGCAGGUCAGCCUGCAUGUCCAGGGCGAGGGUCAUGUCUGUGGGGCUUCCUUGAUAUCCAACAAGUGGCUGGUCACUGCUGCCCAUUGCUUUGUUGAAAAGAACUACAUCAGAUACAGUGAUCCCUCCCUAUGGACAGCCUUCAUGGGUCUUCUGAAUCAGGAGGCCAGGUCAAAUAGCCACGUUCAGAAAAGGGCUAUCAAGCAAAUCAUCAGCCAUUCGCUCUUCAAUGACUUCUCUUUCGACUAUGACAUUGCUGUGAUGGAGCUGGCCAGCCCCGUCACUUUUUCCAAAGAGAUCAUACCUAUCUGUUUGCCCGAUGCCACCCACGAAUUCCCUACAGGAAAAGCCAUCUGGGUGACCGGUUGGGGAAGGACUCAAGAACUGGGUUCUCCUUCCAGUAUUUUGCAGAAAGCAGAAAUCCGGGUGAUCAAUCAGACGAUGUGUGAAUCCCUACUGGCCAAUCAACUCACUGCACAAAUGAUGUGCGUGGGAGUCCUGAGUGGAGGAGUCGAUGCUUGCCAGGGAGAUUCUGGAGGACCGCUUGUUAGCGUGGAAGUUAACAAUAGGAUGUUCCUGGCUGGGGUAGUCAGCUGGGGAGAUGGUUGCGCUCGACGGAGCAAACCAGGUGUCUACACCCGGGUCACCAAGUUACGAACAUGGAUCAAGGAGAAAACAGGGGUGUAGGUAGUUUCUGCCACUAGGAUUGUUCACACAUCUGCCCCCUCGCCCAGGUCGGUGAACCUGGCCAUUGAAGAAGACUUUCCCGCAUGAUGUGAAGGGAACCCUGUCUUAGAACAUUCACUCCUUCUCUCCUUUUGUUCUCGUUCUUCUGGGUCUGGAUGGGGAAGGUUGGUUUGACCCAUCUGGAUUAAUUGUAUGUGGACCGUUGCCCUUCAACUAGGAGCCCUUCAAUUGCUUCUUGCCUUGCUUCUGUCUCCCGAGAUCACCGCAGUGUCUUCAUUUAAAUAUGAACUGAUUUUUGACCGGCCUGGAGCUCCAUCACAGAUCUGACUUCGGCACAGGUGUGCAAGGGAAGGUUGGAACCAAUUUGAGAUAGGAUUAUACCGGCUCCUCUUUUCCCAAGCGCCAAACAGAUGGCACUGGGAGGAACAGAAGACUAAGCUGCCUGUUUAGAAAACAAAUUGCAGGUCUCUGGGCUUGGUGCCCUGUUGUUUUCUGUGUUGUGUCCAACACAAUGCCAGCUGCGAUUAUCCUACGGCCUAUAACGUUUCCCCUAAAGGUUGCUAUCUUUGCUAUCACAUGUGCAAAGCCCUGGAACUCUUAAGGAAAGGGAAUUAUGACAAUUUCCAGAUUUGCUACCUGGAUUGAUUUAGGGGGCUAUAAUAUCGCUGCAAAACUUUGUUGACCACUAGAAGGGAGCAGAGAGAUACAAAAAGCUAUCUUUUGCUCCUGGCCAGUGAUAUUCUGAAUAUUUAUUUUCAGCAGAGGUAAGGCAGCGGUUUCUUUGAUUCAAUAACUUCUUCUUUUUUCCCCCCCUAUCCCCCUGAGUGAACUUCACAAUAUCGGUGCAGAAUUGUCUAUAAAAUACAACCUUGUCAAACUGACGAGGUAAGCACUGAAAAUCAUAUUGGGUCUGCAACGUAAGAAGCAUCAUCCUUGCUGUUUUUUACGGGAAUAUUUCCCGUCUCUGACUUCACCUCCUUUUUAUAAGACGCUAAUCAAAGAUGCAAAGACCUUGGGAAGAAAAACAGGAGGCGGGACAGCCAGGAAAUCCCCCCCCCUCUGAUUUUUUUCUUUCCCAUCCUCAUUUGUUUCUUACAUCUCACACGCUAGCAUAAUUUAGAUUGAGAUUCCCUCCUUGAUAUUUUUUGAAACCAUAUUUCUGUUCAUUUGAGUCACUGGGAUAAAAGUUCUGACUUUAGCUUCCUUUGUAGGGAGAAACAAGCUCUACAACGGUUCUGUGGACUAUUAGGUUGUUCUGCAAAUCUCUCAAAUACCUUUGAGGACAAAAAGCGACAAUUGGGGAGUUGCCUUUUGUUCUUCUGUGUCUGCGUGUAAAAAUCCAGUUGAAAUAUUUGGGACUUGCAAUCCACUAGCCUCUUCCUUUCAUAAAAACAAAACAGUGGAUUCUGGACUUUUCCAACAGUGAAAAUUACGAUUCUUUCCAUCAGGGGUGGAAUAUGGUAGAUGGACCAAGAAUGAGGGGAGAACUUCAACAAGUGUGUUGGAUUCCACCUAUCUUGUUUGCCUGAGUUUUGAAAAGCCCGUGCCUUGUAUCUAAGUGCCACUUCAUCUCCCGAGCCAUCCUUCCACAAGACCUUAUCUCUUAGAAGCACUUCUUGGUUCUUGUAAAAGGCUGCAAGUUUCAGAUGUUCUGGAGACUUGGUCUCCUGAACUUCUUGGAAGACGUUCUGAGAUUUGCAGACCCUUGCAGUUCUUGCUCCAAGUCACCUUCCCCAAAUCCUGUCUUGCCCAGAAGGUUUUAGGACCCCUUUCCCCACUUAGUGCCCCUCAGAUUUCUUGGACACCACAAUAAGCUGGCUGGGAAUUGCAAUGCCUAGUCGUCAAUGCCCAUUAAAAAGCCCAUCUUGGAAAAAAUGUUGAUAACGGAGCAGAUAUGUCUGAGAUACUGCACUUUUAAUCCAGUUCCUCUGCACCUUUUUACCUCAUUAGAAUGAGAUAGAUGUAGAGAGAUCUAGAGAAAAUAAUUGUGUGUGCAUGUGUGAAUGUGUAUAUGUGUGUUUGUAUGGGUGGAUGGUUUCGUUUUUCUGCCCCGUUUUGGGGCAGAUUGGCAUUACCACAAUGUGCCUUAAUGUACAGCCUUGUUUAAUCUGUGGUACUCUACAACAUUUCUUUCUUCUUAGGACCCCUGAGAUUCUGUAUAGGUUGAUGGUUAAAGGUAAUGCUUGUUUUCCAAACUGGGGGUCCUGUGAAAGUCUUGUAUUCACAUUCCUCUUCUUCUUCCUAGCUAUUAGCCAAGCUGGUUGUAGUCCAGGCUUCUAUCCUGUGGUGUCAAAUGCUGGUUUGCUUUGGUGUUGCUGAUUGCAUCAACAGACUGUGAGCCUUCUUUGAGUAGACUAAGUGCCUCUGUGUAAGCCUUUGAGUGAAAGAAAGAUGACCGUGAGAUUAUUUAGAAAAUAAACACUACUAAGUAGAGUUAGAUGGAUGGAGGAAAAAAUUUUCUGCAAGCCAAUGGACAAAACUGUUGUAUUUCACUGUGUGAUCUGUUAUUUUUUACAACUGUUGCUUUUACAACUGAUGGACAAGUAAUGAGUUCUUUACUUAGUGUUGUUCUGUUCUUAGUGUAAAACUUAGUGUUGUUCUGCACCUCUGUUGGUCCAAAAUGUAGACCAGGGAAAAUGACAUAUGUUCUUGAAGAAGUUGUUCCUCAGACACAGGACAAAAGUGGGAAGAGGUCUUUUUUGUUGUUGUUUGUUUUAGGAUAUUUGAAUAGAAAGGGCUAUUUAACGAUCUGGGAAAUAGGACUGUGUCCUGUUCUUUAAAGCACAAAGCUAUAGAAAAGGACCAAUGCAGAUUUAACUGUUUUAUUUCAUGUUAAAAGAAAGCUUUUCAAAAUUGUUUGAAGUUAAUCAGCUCAAUUUUACUUCUUACUGUGUUUGUAUAUAUAUAAAGAUUAUAUCUUUUUUUAAAAAAAAUGCUGUAAAUAGCCUAAAUACAAGAAAAAACUAUACCAAACAUAAUUCCUACCAAUAUUUCUACCCCCCUUUUUAUUUUUUAUUCAAAAACCAAAUGAAGUGGAAAUGUCCGAUGAUUCUUAAUCUGUUAUUAAACUUGUUUUUUAAUGGAUGUUUCAUUUUAAUUAGUCAUGUUCUGUGGGGUUGAAAUAUUUUCUUUUGGAUGAAAAGCUGGCCUGAGUAGUAUAAGCAACAAGGACCUCAAAACAGAGGGAUAGCAUCAAGAUCACAAGAAUUGAUGCAGGAAGUCAUUGAUUUAUGAUCCCAACUGAGCCCCCAAUUUUUGUUGUAAAGUGAGACAGUUGUUAAGUGAAUUUUGCUCCAUUUUACCAUAUUUCUUGCCAAAGUUGUUAAGUGAAUCACUGCAGUUGUUUGUAACACAUUCAAGUGAGUCAAUGGCUUCCCCAUUGACUGCAACUGUCAUAAAUAUGAAUCUGUUGCCAAGCGUGUGAAUUUUGAUCACGUGACCCCAGGGAUGCUGCAACGGACAUAAGUGUGAAAAGUGAUCAUAAGGCACUUUUUUCAGUAAUGUUGUAACUUCAGUUAUUAAAAGAAAUAUUGUAAGUUGGGGACUAUCUGUAAUGCCACUUUAUACCGUACUAGUGAAGCCACGUGGAAUACUGCGUACAAUUUUGGUCACUACAAUACAAAGAUGAUGCUGAGGCCCUGGGAAUUGUGCAGAGAAGAACAACAAGGAUGAUGAAGGGUCUGGAGCAAUGGAUGCUUCGGCUGUGUGUGGGUCCAGCUCUUCUGAAGCCGGUAUAUUUCCUCCAUACCCAUUCCAAAUAAUGGGUUAUAUAUCUUUCCCGUGUAUUUGGCGUCCUCCAGAUCAACUUUCAGAUUUACAAGAACAUUCCUGAAGUUUUUCUAGUCUGAUGUGUCCUGGAAUACAUAAACAUAGAUACAUUUUUGGAACAA